AUGACAACAGCAUCCUCGCUACUUCAUUCUGCCAUGGAUAUCCCAGCGGGUGAGGAUCUCGAAAUGGCUUCGCCCUACCAGGGUCAGACCGACGACUUCGACAUCGACAUCGACCUAAUGGAGGACCACGCUUCCAACAUGGAUAGCGAUAUGAUGGGCGCCGACGAUUUCCCCAAUACAUCUCAACCGUCCUUAUUUCAAAACGAGGCCACUGAUGAUGACGAUAUGGUUGAUGAACCCUCUGAAGGAUCGAUGGUCGAUGUGGAAGAUUUACCUGACGGCGACAAUGACAUCGACGUCCACUUUGAAGAAGUCACAUAUGAGGCAGACAUGCUUGAAGGUGGACAUGAAGAACCGGUUGAUGCUAUUUUGCCCACCAUCUUUAUUGAAGCUUCAACGACAGCUGAGCCUCAGAUCAACGAACCAACACAGAUUGCCCCUGAAACGACUGAACUCAUCGAAAAAGAACAAGAUGCUCAUGGGGUGGCGCCUCCCUCCAUUGCUUUGGAAGUCGAGAAGCAAGAACCUGCGGAUCAACAGCAAACUAUUUCUUUAGAAGCUAGCAAAGUUGACGUUGGUCUAACCGAAGAGGUUCAACCACCGGAGAUCCCUCAGCCCAGUGUCGAUCAUGACCAGAACAAAGAAGCAACCGAGCAAACUAACGAAGUUAUUGAAAAUGAAAAUGUUGUCUCCGAGGAGCAUGACCAUUCCAAUCAAUUAGUUGGUAAUUUGGAAGCUCCCCCAUCCCCUCCUGCUCAAGCCGAGGCUUUAAGUGCUGAGCCGCACGCCCCUUGUGAACCAGAGCCUCAGGGUACGCAUGAGGGUGUCCAUGAAGAUGAAACACUCCACCCAGUCAAGGUCAUCUAUCAGGAGAACGAGAUUUCCCUGUUCCCGCCCUUGGAAGGUGAUUCAGCGGAAACCUUUUUCCUCCACGAUGAAGAUACAGCCUAUGACAACUUUGAUAAAUUGUUUGAAUCUUUGCGUGAUGUGCUUCUGGAUAAUAUUGCCGAGAAUGAUGUUCUUGUUAUUGAUAUCGAUUCUCUUGGUAUUCAAAUAACAGAGGACUCCUCGUAUACGUCUAGAUUCACUCUGCAUCAGAUUAUGGAAAUUUAUCUUCGCCUUUGUCAUAACGAUGGCAACCAUCAUCCCGAUGCCCUUUACCUUAGCCUUUCUAGCAAGCAAGCUGUUCAUACCGAGUUGGCGAGUCUUGACUCCGCCGCCAAGGAAGGCAAAGGCCUGUCCCAAAUUCAAUUAUGGGCGGAUUAUGAUGACGCCGAAGAAGAACCCGCCGCGGAAGAGACUAAAAAUGAUCAUGAAGAAUCUGGUGAGGGAUUACAUUCCCGAGCCGCUCAGCAGAGUCAGUCGGUCCACGAAGAAGCUGCGACAAGUGGUGAGGUCCCUGAUGGAACCAACCGGUCGAACGAAGCAGCAAAUUUAACAGCAGAGGCCACUCAGCAGCCCAUUGUUGAACACCAUGCCGAACCUGAUGAGGCUCAACAUGAGCCAAAUACAACCGAAGUGCAUGAAAGUUUCCAAGAAAUACCCCAUGAUGAUGUAGCUUACACUGAAGUUCGUGAUGAUGAUGAAGAUCCCAGAACGGCGUCUACCAACACCGUGGCCCCCGAUUCCGAGCCUGAUGCGAUAAAUGCACAACCUGAAGAUAAGUCUUCUACAGAUAUCCUACAUGACGCCUCAGAGGAACACACAACCCAUCAUGCCAACCAAGAACAUGAGCAUGAUGAGCUUGACGAUAGUGAUGAAAUUUCUGGGGCCGAUGAGCUAGAAGUAGUUGAUUUCACUAUUCACGAGGAUGAAUACGAUGACCAAAAUGAAGGCGGGCAUGUUGAUUACGAUCAUGAAGAUGCUUCGAGUAACCAAGAGGCAGCAGAAGAAGAGGCUCAUGAUGAUACGGACGCCUCAGAGGACAAUCUCGAAUCCAACCUGUAUGAAGAGUCCGAAUCCACCUUGGAGAAUGCCCCACAUCAGGAUCCAUCGCAUCAACAAACUCCGGAACCAGAGGAUCAUUUACUCGGAAUCGCCGACGAUGUGUUGCAAACUCCCCCUAAGGAUCUCCGUCACGAUGAUUCUGGAAAUUUCGAGGGCUUUGAAAAUACUGAAGACGAGCUUGUGGGUCCCGAUUUUGAAGACGGCGCCGAUCAUCAACAAUCAGCUGAUGAUGACUAUCAUCAUGACUCUGAAUUGGAUGUCACGGAGGAACUUGAGUUGGGUGAAAUAGAUCCCUCUUCUACUGAAUCCCAUAAGCAUGACAACCUAUCCGUCAAACGUUCUCGUGAAGAGGAGGAUGAAUGGGACAUCACAGAAUCGACCACGCCUGAUAUCAAGCGCCGGCGACCCUCGUAA